AGUGUGUGCGUGCGUGGGAAGCCAAGGCGAGCUGCAAAGUGCUGGGGAAGCUUAGCUUUACUGUGAAGCCUGAGCCUGAGUGAAACCUAACUAGCUAGGCGAUAUGCAAUUCCUGAUUGACAGCAGGACUAGCAUUAUGCAAAUACUGCCAGAGAGAACAGCAGCUAGGGAGCCGUGAUCAGGGGCUCUGUUAGGGAUCUCUCUACACACGCCCGCUCCUAAAUCCCCCUGUUUGUUGUUUUCAUUUCUCCUUUUGCUGUGGUGGUUCGGCUUAACAAUCAAUAAAUGACCAAAAAAAAAAAAAGUUGUUGCUUUCUUGGGCAUGAAUAAAUCCAAUCCUCUGUGCAGUUUCAGUUUCUUGUCAGAUCAAAGAGAUGUGAGUGAGCUUGUUAACUCAGGAUGAAUUGGGUAAUAUUUAGCAGGGUAAUGUGCUAAUCUUUAAACCUUUUAUGUUUUCAAUCUGGUGUAUGUAUGGGUCUCUUGACACAAAAGUGUGUGUUUUGCCUGCUUCUCCUCGUCUCCUUCAGUCUGAAGCCUUAUGUAGGUCAGGCUUGGCUUAAGCAGAUUUCCUGAACCUGCGUCAGCUUAAGCUGAAGGAAUUUUAAUAAACCCUCCCUUGUAGGCGUGGGCCUAAAUGAGACAAGCCUAGUUAAGCCUGAUCUUUUUCUGUUUGUGAAAAAGAGCCGAGCAGAGCUAGGAUCUGCGUGGUGGUUUCAGGAACUGCUUCUUCAAGCUGGAGAGAACGAUGGUUGGGAAGGCCAGGUCCUCGAAUUUUACCUUGUCUGAAAAGCUUGAUUUGCUGAAACUUGUCAAGCCGUAUGUUAAGAUUCUCGAAGAGCACACCAACAAGCACUCGGUCAUAGUGGAGAAAAACAAAUGCUGGGACAUCAUAGCUGAUAACUACAAUGCCAUUGGAGCAGACCGCCCUCCUCGCACCGCGCAGGGCCUGCGCACCUUGUACAAGAGGCUCAAGGAAUACGCCAAGCAGGAGCUACUGCAGCAAAAAGAGAGCCUUUCCGAUUACAAAAGCUACAUCUCUGAACCGACCAAGAAAGUUGUGGAGAUGAUCCCCCAGAUUUCCAGCGUGUGCUUGAGGGAGAGGAGCAAUCUGCCAUGUGCUACACCGGAUAAAAAAAUAGUUGCUACUACCAGCUCACCGCAGUCAAUGUUAGAGCACCAACCUGCUGCUAUCACAUUGGAGCUGGAUGAAGACGAGGAGGAUGUCAAGCCACCUGCAUCGUUGAUUGUAGAGUUACAAACACAGGAGAGCUUAGAGCAAAGAGAAGAAGAACAUUUGGUCCAUGCAAUGGAGAGAUCUCCUUCAACUUCCCUGUCUUCUGUGGAUAUAAGAAUGUUGUCUCCAUCUCCCAUCCCCAGAAGAGAUGAAUUUUUCAGGCUUGAAACUGGAGAACGAUUUAGACCGGCAUGUGGGGGAUAUGAUCCCCAGAUGUUGCAAAUGCUGAAAGAAGAGCAUCACAUCAUUUUGGAAAAUCAAAGGAAAAUUGGGCUCUAUAUCCAAGAGAAAAGGGAUGGCUUGAAAAGAAGGCAGCAGCUGGAAGAAGAGCUAUUGAGAGCAAAAAUUAAAGUAGAAAAGUUAAAAGCGAUACGACUACGUCGGGAUCUUCCCGAAUUCAACAAUCUUUGAAUAUCUAGCAAUUCUGCAUAAAAACCAGGGUUAUUUCACAAUUCUUUUUGAGCUAGAAAAGAAGUAUUUACCCAAGUUUGGGGGGUAGGGGUAUGCAUGUUUUUUCCAUUUUGUUUCUCAUGCAAAUUUGCAAAAAAAAUUAAGCCAUUUUUCACUGGUCUUCCCAGGUUUUCUGAUUUAAAGUAGAACCAGAUCUAAGACUAAAAAAACCCCUUUGAAAUCUUAUGACCACAUGACUGUUAGCAAAAGCAAAUGGUAACUUAUACAGCUGUUGUAAAAUAUGCUGAUCUUAUUCUAUUUCAUUUUUUGGUGAAUCAGUUCUUAUCUGUCCUUUGAAAUACACAUUUAUUUGUGAGUCAAUAAACAUAUGCAAAAUGGAGAAAAAUA